AUGAUUUCCUUGGACAAGGUCACAUUUUUUCUGUACAUCAAGAAACAUUUCAACUUCCUGGCGAAGAGAGAAGCGGGACAAAAUCUCCUGCAGAGUCUGCAGGGAGAUUUUUGUCCCAUGACCAUCCCAAGGGCCAAAUUUGUCACAUGGACCGAAGUUGAAAUGUUUCUUGAUGUACAGAAAAAAUGUGACCUGUUGGAGAUAUUGAAAUCAGAACACUUUGAGCUCCGCCUUGCUUAUCUUGUGGACAUAUUUGAAAUCUUCAACCAGCUGAACUUGAGACUCCAAGGAAAGGAUUCAAACUUGCUCAGCCACUGUGACUCAAUACAUGCAUUUUUGGCCAAAUUGGAGCUGUAUAAGAAGAGAGUGAGUGUAGGAAAAUUUAUGAUGUUUCCAUCAUUGAAUGAAGUUCUUGCUGAUGGUCAGCUUUCAAGUACCUUGUCCAAGGAAAUCAUGGACCACUUGUCUCAGCUAGAUGAUGAAUUUCGCCGUUACUUUCCUGACUUGAGCCCUCAGCAUGCAGGAUUAGCAAAAAAUCCUUUCUUAUGUCAGGUUGAUGAUGUGUUAGAAGACGCACAAGAAGAGUUCAUUGAGCUUCUCCAUGAUUCAACAGCCAAGAAUGUGUUCCAGUCAAACUCCUUGUCUAGCUUCUGGUGUUCAAUGAUGGAAUCAUAUCCAAAAAUAAGUGAUCUGGCAGUUCGAGUUCUUUUGCCUUUUGCUUCAACCUACCUGUGCGAAAGUGGGUUUUCUUCAUUACUUGCAAUAAAAACAAAAUCAAGGAACAAGCUGUCUGUGGAAGAUGACUUGAGGUGUGCACUGGCUGCCACUGAGCCAAGGAUUCAUGAGCUGGUUGCUCAAAACAACCACAAAAGUCCCAUUGAGAAAUAUAAAGGCCUCUGUGCAUCCUAG